AUGAAGUUCUCCGCCCUUGCUACCAUUGCCCUUGGCGCUGAGGUUGCUCUUGCUGCCCGCUGGACUGAGAAGCGUCGUGAGCGCCACGCUGCCCGUGCGGCGAACCGCCAGAGCAACCCGCCUCUUCCCGCCACUGAUGCCGACGGUCUUCAGGUGGCCGAGGCCUUCACCAACGGGACUGUUAAUGAGGAGUACUCCUCCAACUGGGCUGGAGCCGUUCUUAUUGGCACUGGCUACAAGUCGGUCACGGGCACGUUCGUCGUGCCAACUCCCUCAAAGCCUUCCGGAGGCAGCUCCAGCACUGAGUAUGCUGCCUCAGCCUGGGUUGGCAUCGAUGGAGAUACCGCUACAAACAGCAUUCUCCAGACCGGAGUCGACUUCUACGUGCAGGGUAGUUCGAUCUCUUUCGACGCCUGGUACGAGUGGUACCCCGACUAUGCUUAUACCUUCAGCGGAAUCACCAUUUCAGCUGGUGACACUAUCACCGUGACUGUCACAGCCACCUCAACCACCGCUGGAACCGCUGUGGUUAAGAACGUGUCCAAGGGCACCUCUGUCACUCACACUUUCAGCGGCCAGACCAAAGCUCUGCAGGAGCUCAACGCCGAGUGGAUCGUGGAGGACUUCUCCUCUGGCGGUUCUCUCGUUCCCUUUGCCGACUUCGGCACUGUGACCUUCACUGGAGCUUCUGCCAGCGGAUCUUCGGGCACCGUGGGUCCCUCCGGCGCGACUCUCAUCGACAUCAAGCAGAGCAACAAGGUCCUGACCAGCUCCUCUGUCUCGGGCUCCUCUGUCACAGUCGAGUACAUCGGCUAG